AUGUGUGGCGCGUUGUGCGAAUGUCUCAAGGGUUCAGGAAAAGUUGUGUGCUGCUGCUGCCAAUGUGCCUUAACAAUCUGUCUCGGCAUACUUUGUUCAGUGCUCAUAUUGUUCCUCAUAAUUGGUCUUAUCAUAUACUUUACAGUAUUUUACCACAAGGGGGAUGACUCCAGUGAGAAAAUGAUGGAGGAGAUGGUAACUGCCGCCCCGUUAACUUUUAAAGGACUCUUCCAGCAAUACUAUUGA